AUGACAGGCGGCGUGCACGAGCAUAUGCGGGCGUGGGAGCCCGAGGAGGACAGAACGAUCCUGCGACUGCUCGGCGAGCUGGGCCCAAAGUGGUCUCGCAUCGUGCUCUCGCUGCCAGGCGCGUGCGCCCCUCUCGCCUCCCGCAAGCACCGCCGGUCCGUCUCGUCCGUGCGCAACCGCUGGCAGCGGAUCGAGAAGGGGCGCAAGCUGCGCGAGGCUGGGCAUGCGUCCAAGAAUCGGUGCCAGCGCUGCGGCGCCCCGAAGCGAGGGCACGUCUGCCUUGCAAAGCUUGACCAGCGAGCAAGCGCCGACGCGGUGGCGGCAGCGGGCCUCGGCCAGGGCGGCGGCGGCGUCGCGACCAGCGCUCCUUCGCUCCCGCGGCAUACCCAAGCCUCUGGAAGAGAGGCGGCCGCCAGCGGAGCAUCGGCGGCGGUCGGCGGAGUUUCGGCAGCGGCCGGCGGAGUUUCGGCGGCGCUCGCCGCCGCCGCGCUGAUGGCUGCGCAGGCAGAGGAGGCCGAGGCGGAGGAGAGAGUGAACAGCGGCGGCGCGACUUCGGCGGCGGCGGCGUUGCCUUCGGUGCCGAUGCCCGUGCGCCAGAUGUCGGGUGCCCCGGCGGUCGAGUCUGCCUCCUCCGCCGGCGCGGCUGGCGAGCGGUUAGGCGGCGCGGCGCGCGGUGAGAGCUAG